UCUUGAAGGAAUUCACCCAAAUUGGUUUGAAGUUAUUAGAUUGGUGAGUGUCUCAAGAAAAUUUAUAGACGCUCACUUUGAGGAGGGUAGAUCUGUAAUUAAAACUCCAGAAUUUCCAUAUCUUGGUGUUGGUCCAUUCCUUGCUAUGAAAUUGGAAGGACAUGAUGCUAUCAAGGAAGCUUGUCGAGCGGUAGCAAACUGGAAAUUCAGGUCAACUGUUUACAUUAGUGCUACAGUUGAAAAGGCACUAGAAGAUGCUGCAACCUGGUUCCGCAAUGAUGCUUCUGACUCUUUACAAAAAGCAAUGAAGAGGAACAGAAUGAUAUUCAACCACCCUGACCACGGCAUAUGUGGUGGCUUGCCAGUACAAAUUAUACAAAGCAUAGUGAAAUACACCCGAAUCGCUUUUACCCUCUCAAGUAGAACUCAGCGGUUCGUCCUAAUCAAGCCAAAGGCUUUCGAGGAAGGAAUUAUACCAGAGUUGCUAAAUACUAUUGAGAGUAACUGCCUUUACAUGAAAGGGUUAAAGCUGGUAAAAAAGUCUGAAGUUCCCGACAGUGUUGCGUGGUCUGAUGAUAAUUCUUCUUCCUCGGGUGAAACUCAGGCUGAAGAAUUUGGUAUUGCUUUAAUCGCGUGGCUUCCAGGUUCAAUGUUUGAUACAGAAGGUUCCUUGAUCAUCGGGAAAGAUUUAAUUGGGGAUCAUGUUAGCAGAUAACGAGUGUGUGUUUGUAAGUGCGGCAGCUGAAUCGUCGUUGAAGUUUGUUAAAGAGUUUUUCGAAUUUGGUGUUGUUGGCUGGCUGGAUCCAUCUAUACCACCUGGCUUUCACGGCGGUUACUUCGAUUCAACCUUAACUGGCCUUGAAUUUGAGGAUCACGAUCCAGAUAUGACUAAUCUGAUAAAUGAGUUCAAGAGAAAUUUUCCCGGUAUGACUAAUCUGAUAAAUGAGUUCAAGAGGAAUUGGCCUUCGUUUAAAUUGCCAGAGAUGGAUAAAUCAUUUUCCAGCUAUAACUGAAUUUAGCGGUGGCUCCUAAACUGGGGAUUUUUUUUCCUCCCUCAUGCACUCUCGUAUAUUCAAUAUGUCUUUUGUUUUUAUGAAAUUGUCUGUGUUUAUGCUGGCUUCAUGUGAGCAAACAAGUAUACUGAUGUGUGAGCUAUUCUCAAGUUAUCAAUCUUUUGCUGCAUCUUUAGAUUUCUCAUA